UGCGUGAGACUGAAAGAGCGUUUUAGAAUGAUUACUGGAGUCCGGCGGAGGGACAGAUUAUAUUGCUCUACGCAACUGUUGUUUUAAUCCCCUACCCAAGGAGAUUUACAAAAGGGAAAAAACAGUGCUUUUGAACCCAGCAGCCAUAUUGUAUGGAAAAACAACGAAAAGACUCGUCUUCUCAGAAAACCUCGGGUUCCCGGACGCUACAGUUAGAAGUUUUGUGGUGUUUAAGUUUUUCUUCAACUGACGGGUGCUGUGCGCUGGGUCAGCUAGCCUGCCAGCUGGCUGAGGAAUCCAAGGAUUGUGAUUAGUUUUCGGAUCAUUCAUACUACGUAUUUGUCAUAUUUCUGUGCCCUGUGGGUGUUCGGUUAAAGGACUGAAGAUGAAAGACCGAUUGGAGCAACUUAAAGCGACGUGUGACCAUGAUGACGACGAGGUGGAGAUCGCUAUGGACAACGCAGCCUUCAUGGAUGACUUCUUCUCUCAGAUUGAAGACAUUAGGAACAGUAUUGACAAAAUUGAUGACAAUGUUGCAGAAGUCAAAAAGCUCUACUCGGUCAUCCUCUCUGCUCCUACAUCAGAUCAGAAGACACAGGACAACUUGGAGGGAAUCACCAAUGACAUUAAGAAGAUGGCCAACAAUGCUAGAAACAAACUGAAGACCAUUGAGAGGUCUCUAGAGUCAGAGGAGCAGGAGAGGGUGUCAGCUGACAUGCGGAUACGUAAAUCACAGCAUGCAGUGCUUUCCAGAAAGUUUGUGGAAGUAAUGACGAAGUAUAAUGAAGCUCAGGUGGACUUCAGGGAGAGGAGUAAAGGACGUAUUCAAAGGCAGCUAGAAAUUACUGGAAAAGCAACCACUGAUGAAGAAUUGGAGGAGAUGCUGGAGAGUGGCAACGCUGCUGUGUUUACAGCUGGUAUCGUUGACUCCGGAAUCUCCAAACAAGCCCUGAAUGAGAUCGAGUCCAGACACAAAGACAUUGUCCGUUUGGAAAGUAGCAUCAAGGAGCUGCACGACAUGUUUGUGGACAUCGCCAUGCUGGUGGAGAGUCAGGGCGACAUAGUAGACAACAUAGAGCAAAAUGUUUCCAAGUCAGUGGACCACAUAAUGGUCGCUGAGGAACAGACCAAAAAGGCUGUCAGGUAUCAGACCAAAGCACGAAAGAAAAUGAUCAUAUUAGCAGUGGUCGUGGCGGUGUUGCUGGCUGUUCUAGCUCUUAUUAUCGGUUUAUCAGUUGGGCUACAGAAAAGCUGAUGAACUGUCUGAGUGGGAGGAGUCUCAGGAAGUUGACCUGCUGUGGUGCAGCCCGUGCCAUGGCUCUGGUCACACUCCUCAUCUUCAUCUUCACAUUUCUUUUUUGAAUGGACCUCAUUGUUAGAACCAUUACUGACUCAUUCGCCAUCACUCCACUUUCCUGUCCAUCAGUUGACCCAACAAAGAAAAGUUUCAUUUCGGGGUCCUUCAGAGGGACGUGAUCACAUUUCAUCCACAAACUGUUUGUAUAAACCAUUAAAUCAAAGCUACUUUAAUUGUUUUUUAAAUCUGCACAGAACGGCAUCACGUUACAUUUUGACGUGAACGAAAGCAAAACAGACUGAAUCUUCAAAAAAACCUGUGAACCCCUUCAGCCAAUCAUCUUCCGCCCCUGCCUUCUCUUCUGUGCUGUGUGAGUUGGUGAUAUCCUUCCUCUAUGACUGGGGGCAGUUUGGGGGAUGUUCAACUUUUGAUGAGGAAAUGAUACUGUAGCUACUACACCUGUGGUGUGCAGGGGUGAAAAGGGAAGUGAAAAAUAAUUUCAUCUUAAUUUCACUAGUGUCACUAAACAUUUCAUUGUUCUGCAUCCAUUGCCAAAGAACCCACCAGGAAGUGUUUGUUUUAGUGAAGUGUGUUUUUAUGUCAUUUCCAAUAGGUUUUUGUCAAAGCACAUGACCUCUCUAGAGUUAAUUUCUUUCUCCUUUAUGAGCCUUGACACAUUAAUGAUUGUAAAGCUAGCGACUAUAUGCUCACUGUCACAUUGUUCUGUUAUCUUGACUUGGACUUUCAGCACUUUUGCAUGUAAAAAAAAAGACAUAACUGUAAUCAAAAUUAUGUAAAUAAUAGUAUUAUAUUUUGCGUAUGUGACCUUUAUUAUGCUUAUUUACCUUGAGGAGGAUCGGUGAGCUCACCUAUGAAUUUUCAAGACGCUCCAUCACUGUGGCUUUAAGUUAAUGAAGACUAAUAUUCUUUGAAGCUACAAUGAGCAUACUGUACAAACAGGAGCGAUUGUUUACACAGUGGAAAAUUAUUACCCAAAAAACAAAGAAAAAUAUAUAUGAAAGAAUAUGUUGUAAUGCUAGACAGAAGCAGAUAGAAAAUAUAAAUGUCUAAGUGGUUUAUGUAUUUAUUGUAUAGUUUAAUGAAGUGUUGCUAAUAAAGUCACACCCACAGGAGGAAGUGUCGGUCUCCA